CUGGGGAACCUCCUCGAAGUCGUGCGGUAGUGGUUAGCGGAGUUUUCUGUGCACACGGACCGUACUAUCAUCAGUGUGUGCCUGGGUCGCCGGAGCCUCAAGGCGCCUCUACUGUGCCAGCGCCUGUAUCCUCAAUUCAUUGCAGUUUUUGCUUGGGAUCGAUUCCCCGGCCAGUGGGUCGUCUUGUUCUUGUCCAGAGUUGUGGCAGUCUAUUCUUUAAUCGCCGGCGUGUGGUUUAUCUAUUUCUCCUUCCUUUCUCAUCACGUCUUCUUCGCCUUGUGUGGAGUCUCAUCGCUAUUCUUGCCACUUCGAUCUUUGCGUCUGUGAUCAUAUUUCUCGAUGCCGCAUGUCCGGAGCCGAUAUCGUGCAUAUAUGCGUCAACUGCGAGGGUUCAAAGGUGGAUUUUGCUCGGCGCCCAGGCCCAUCCCUCCACCACCCGGUCUGGAGCCCAGAGUGCAGCUCACAUUGCAAAAGUUGGCGCCAACCACCACCGACAUUUUGCUGGACUAUCUCGCGCCGAAGGCCAGGAAGAGUAUAUCCACGCGUGUUGCUUCUGCCACAGUUGUUUCUGGAGACGCGACAAAGCUUUCCGUCCGCACGAGAGUUGCAGCCGUCUCAAUUCAGGGUCGUACUUUGGCUUCUUGGGGAUCAGAUGGAUUGCAACUGUCGGCGACUAAUGAUAUUGCUGGCAUUUCACCACACAUUCCUGCGGAGGUGUCUCGUGUCAGUUCUCGGAGGCCCCCGGAGCCCAAAAACGAGGACUCUAACAAAGAUCAUGAUUGUCAAGUUGUUUCUUUGGGAUCAGAUGGAUUGCAAGUUGUGGCGGCGGACAGUAUUGUUGGCGUUUCAUCGCACUUUCCUGUUGAUUCUGCAUCUUCCUCUCCUCGGAGGCCCCCGGAGCCCAAAAAUGAGGACUCUAACAAAGAUCAUGAUUGUCAAGUGGCUUCUUUGGGAUCAGAUGGAUUGCAAGCGUCGGCGAUGGACGAUAUGGUUGGCAUUUCUUCGCACAUUCCUGUUCAUUCUGCUUCUUCCUAUUCUCGCAGUCCCCCGGAGCUCAACAAAGACAAGGAGGAGGAGGAGGAGGAUAACAAUAACAAUAAUCCUAUUUGUGAAGCUGUUGCUCCCGUUAUGCAUCAUCUUGUCGUUCCUGGGAGCUUACGUAUGAAAAGGUAUUGCUUCAAAAGGUAUGUUCCGGCGGGCGAGCAGGGUGAGAAAGUUGCGGCUGCAAUCAAAGCCGCCUUGGCUCACGUAGACGUUCCCUGGGAAACGUUUAGCGAUGAUGCACGCAAGAGUGAGCAUUUCAACAGAAUGAGUGAUGAUAUGCUCUCAGGGAUCAGUGGCUCUCUGGAUUUCAUCUAUGCUCAUCAUGCUGCGCGGGAUGAACAAUGGAAUGCGUUUACUGCGUGGCUAAGGGAUCCUGACCGCCUCACAAGGAUUGAGCGGCAAAACUGUAUAGGUCAUCUUGCUGUGGUUCAUUGGGUCAGGACGGCACGGACAGGGUCAGACAAAUAUGAACGGAAAUUGCGUAUCGAAGCGUGGAACGAUUUCAUCUUCCAGGCGUUUCCUCACACUCCCAGCCUCUAGUCUUCUCUAUCUGUGUGGUGUGAUGUCUUUCUUGGUCUCAAUCGUUGGACAUGGCGUGUUUCGUGGGCUCCCCGCACGUUGUCUGAUACUGGGCCAAGCGAACGUUUCCCGCCGCAUGGCCCGCGAGGGCCUUCUAUGUUGCACGUAUCUCCUGCUGUCACCAGGCCCGCCAGGGCCACCGAUACACGUACGAACAGUACCUGUCGCUGCCGUACGAAGAAUCAUGCUACGAACUUUGCCUCGUCAAAGCUGGCUUUGAUGGUGGUGUGUGCAGCCAGGGAGCUGGAUGUGGUGCUUGGAUUCAGAUUGGAUUGCGUUCUCGUUUCCCAUCUCUCUUCUAUGUCCUUCUUCUUGAGCCAACUCACUCUUCAAGGAUGUAUAUGUUUGUUUCUUUGCUCUCCAAGACGGGUCCACGGUGACAGACACUGAACUCUCCGCUGCUGAGUGCGUUAUCGGAGCACUCCCACGGGUUCUGCAGGCCUAUUUUAGCGAUAAGUUGUGUGAUUGAUGAUUCUCAUUUGUGUUGUUGCCUUCAUGCGUGCACACAUUUGUGUUGAUGUACACACUCCUUAUAAGAGCUGCCAGAGGCUACCGCCUAAGCCGCCCCCCACGCGCUUGGCGUGGUGAGGCUUUCGCCUUAGCCGCUCGGUGGCCCGCGUUUGGCGCGCCCGCCCGCCUCGGACUGGACGGGGCC